AUGGCUGGGAAGUCAGUGGAAGCAGGAAUACUGGCUUCUCCGGGAGUCGUCUGGGAUGAUCUGGACGAGAUUGAGGGAUCUCGGCGUCCUCUUCCCCGGGAUCUGCUCCUGGCUCUGCCUCUAGCUGUGGGAUUCAUCACGCUGCGCUACGCUUUCGAGAGACGAGUGGCGGUUCCUCUCAGCAGAGUUUUAGGAGUGAAAGAUCAAGUUCGUUUGAAAGUCCCUCCGGCCCCAUAUUUAGAAGCAUUCUACACUAAAAACAGCAGACAGCCUACACAGAAUGAGAUCACCAGUCUGGUUAACCAGUGCAACCUGACUCGUAGACAAGUUGAGAUCUGGUUCAGGAACCGCAGAAACCAGGACCGGCCCAGCAACAGUAAGAAGUUUUGUGAGGCCAGCUGGAGAUUUGUGUUCUACCUGAUUGCUUUCGCCGCGGGAUUUGCAUCUUUAAUUAACACGCCCUGGUUCUGGGAGCAGAGCGAGUGCUGGAGAGGAUAUCCUCAACAGCCGGUGCGGGACGUACACUACUGGUACUACAUGCUUGAACUGGGCUUCUACUGGUCUCUGCUGCUCUGUGUGUCUGUGGACGUCAAAAGAAAAGAUUUCAAAGAACAGAUCGUCCACCACUUUGCCACUAUUUUCUUGCUGGGUUUCUCGUAUUGCUCCAACUACAUUCGGGUCGGCACCCUGGUGAUGCUCGUCCACGACUCCUCAGAUUUCCUCCUCGAGUCUGCCAAGAUGUUCAACUAUGCCGGCUGGAAGAAGACGUGCGAUUCAUUGUUUGUGAUUUUUGCUGCUGUAUUCCUGGUUACACGCCUGAUCGUGUUUCCCAGCAAGAUCAUCUACACCACUCUUGUGUUGUCUAUGGAGGUGUUUGAGCCGUUUAUGGGAUAUUAUUUCUUCAAUGCGCUUCUGCUGGUCCUGCAGGCGCUGCACGUCUACUGGGCGUAUCUCAUCCUGAGGAUGAUCUACAAGUUUCUCUUCUUAGGGAAACUGGACAAGGAUGAGCGCAGCGAUGUGGAAAGCGACCCAGAAGAGGAAGAAGAGAAUGAAGAAGAGGAGGAGGAAGAUCAGUCCUCCUGGAGGAAGAGGAACGUUGUUCGGGACUCACGGCUGGCGAUGCUCAGUUCCAGUUGUGUCCUAAAUAACCUGACCAAUCAGAAAGCGCACGCAAACAGAAGACCGAAAGCCAGAUAGCAACAAACACAUGCUUUAUCCAGUCUGGGUUUAUUAGACACAC